GAGGGAGAAGACUUCCCUUCAGGUUCCAGUUAGGUUUUACCCGAAAAACCUUUCUUUUCUGUGGAUUUGGAGUGGAAAACGUGGCAGAGAAAACACAAGUGUGACGAGAUUUCACGCGGCGGCAGAGCGGCGGGCUGUGUUGUCUCUCCACGGUUCUCAUGUGUGUUAUAAGUCCCGCCUCCUGCCUGGAGUUCGGACACGUUCAGACGAGCUCAGCAAAGCGGUUAAUAAACAUGGCAGAAGAAGCUCCAGCAGCAGCGCCGGCUAAAGCCCCGGCCAAAGCCCCGAAGAAGAAGUCCGCUCCCCGGGGCAAGAAGGAUGGGCCCAGCCUCCCCAAACUCAUCGUGGGCGCCGUGGCCGAGUCCAAGGAGCGGAAGGGGAUGUCUCUGGCGGCGCUCAAGAAGGUGCUGGCCGGUAAGGGCGUCGAUGUGACAAAGGCCAACAAGCGCAUCAACACCGCUGUCACCAAGCUGGUCACUAAAGGCACGCUGAGCCAGACCAAAGGCACCGGGGCCUCCGGCUCCUUUAAGCUCGCUAAGCAGGAGCCCAAAGCCGCCAAGCCAGCCAAGAAGGUGGUGAAGAAGAAGGCUCCCGCUAAAGCAAAGAAACCCGCCGCCAAGAAGCCCACCGCGGCCAAGAAGCCCGCCGCCAAGAAAGCCGCAGCCAAGAAGUCCCCCAAGAAGGCUCCGGCCAAGAAGGUGGUCAAGAAGAGCCCCAAGAAGCCCGCAGCCAAGAAGCCAAAGGCCGCAAAGAAGCCCGCAGUCAAGAAAGCUGCCGCAAAGAAACCCGCAGCCAAGAAGGCCAAGAAGUGAACGCCUCACAAAUCUCGCACUCCCUGCACCAAAGGCUCUUUUCAGAGCCACCACUUCCCCCAAGAGCCUGCUCCUCACAUCCCACCCUCACUACAUAUUUACUCACUUUACCUAACAGCCAUUUACUACCCGGAGAAACAAACACCGACUUCUAUUCCAGCUCCUCCUUCAUAUUUACAGCUUUCCUGAUAGUUGGAGCAAGUCUAGUUCAUUCAUUUCAGGAAGCCUCCCUAUAACACACUUUACGUGCUAACACUUGGAAAGAAACCAAACAUUUUUACUUUACUCCACUUAUUUUGUCCACAACGCCAGACAAGCGGGAAUCCGUUGAAAUAAACCGACUUUCAUCGACUCAGAUUUUGAUUUAUUCGGACAUUCUUUUCUCUCCAUCUAAAUCUCCACGUCCCCUAACCGUGUAGACGAAGUUAACUCCAUUUAAACUAAAAACAUCUCAAAGCAACGGAACUGAUCAUUUAUAAAAUCCGUCUUUGCUGAUUUACGUGUCAAAUGUUAUUUAUUUGGUACCUUUAGGAUCAAAGUGCUUUGUGUGUGUGUGUGUGUGU